AUGUCAACUACUAAUAAAUCUGACGAAGCUGUUACAAAAAAUCGUCAUGCAGCACCGCCUCAAACAAAUAAAUCAUCAGAAAAUUCCAAAGACAACCAAGCUGCAACCACACUACCAUUAGAUGUAUAUCAUAUAGUUCGUGAUCUUGUUUUGUUCUUUUGUCGUCGUAUUAUAUUUGGACCACCAAGAUUUAAAUUACUUGUUUCAUUUGCUAUUAUUCUAAUUGGUUCUAUUUUAAAAUCACUUGAUUUAGCACCAACAUCUUAUUUUUCAUUAAAACACAAUAUAUUCAAUAGAUAUUUUGCUAAAUUAGGUUGGGCAUGGACAAUUGGUUUAUUAUUUCCAUUUAUUUAUUUAACUUUAAUGACAACACAUAAUAAUUAUCAAAUUGUAACACGUCAUUUAGUUCGUUUACUUGUUGCAACUGGUGUUUGGUAUAUAAUAACAUACAUUUUUGUUAGUUUCGAAGCAUAUACAGGCAUGUGUAAACAUCAAGAAAUGCGAGGAGCUUCAAGAAAAAUUUGUGUUGGUGGUGGAUAUGAAUGGCAAGAAGGACAUGACUUUAGUGGACAUACAUUUUUACUUCUCUAUUCACUUUUAAUAAUCAAUGAAGAAGUUAAAUCAUAUGAUAAAGGUACAAAAAAAGUUCAACAAGCAAGUCAAUCAACAAAUGCUAGUGGAGACACAUUAGGAAAUAUAAGUCAAGAUCAAUUAAAGCUUAUUUCAAAAAUUAUUCAAAUUAUCUAUGUUUUAUUAGCAGCAUUAACUAUUCUCUGGGAAUUUAUGCUUCUAUCAACAGCUUUAUAUUAUCAUCAUACGUUUCAUAAAUUAGCAGCUGCCUUUGUUGCUGUAUUUUUUUGGUAUAUUACUUAUUAUGUAUGGUAUCGUCCAAAUAGCACAUCAAUCUUAUAUCCAUCAUCACCUAAAGAGCGAAAUUACUAA